CGAAGCUAUACUACCUAUGCAAGUAUCAUUGGAAUAACUAUGCUUCAUGUAAUGUUACAAACGUGCUUCCGGCUGGGUCGAGAAAUCAUACAUUGCCUCAAAGAAUGUAGAGCUUACAUAGCAUUGAGAUAGAAGAUGAGAACGAGAAAGAAAGGGGUAUAUGAACAUCGAACAUCAAUCUCGUGUAGCGAGAGAAUGCUACUCCAAGCACCCCACCUUUCGGAGAUACCAAUAGUGGGAUCUCGAGCCGCUAUUCAUGGACCUUCCAGACCUGGAUAUGACGAUAUGGCUAAAUUUCGACAAUACUCAUGCUAAACACCAUCACACUUCACAAAUCCAAUGAGCACCUACCAAAACAGCAUCUUCCAAACAUAAGGGAACAGAAACACCAGAAAAUGGACACCCUUCUCAAAACCCACAUCCCAACCCUCACCCCCUACGAAAAAAUCUACAAAAACCUACACCAAAACCCCGGCCUCUCGCUCCAAGAAACGCUGGCUGCCUCCGUUGCGGCCUCACGCCUUCAAUCGUUGUCUGGAUUCGAUGUCCGGACCGAGAUUGGGGGUACGGGUCUUAUUGGGAUCUUAAAAGGGGAGGGAAAGGGGGACGGCAGGACGGUGUUGGUGAGGGCUGAUACGGAUGCGUUGCCGGUGGAGGAGUUGACCGGGUUAGAGUAUGCGAGUAAGAAGAGGGAGGUGGAUGUUGAGGAUGGGGUGAAGAAACCGGUUAUGCAUGCUUGUGGGCAUGAUAUGCAUGUUGCUUGUAUGCUCGCAGCAGCAACUACUCUUCACUCCGCCCGCAAAGAAUGGUCAGGAACCCUAAUCGUCCUCUUCCAGCCCAACGAAGAAAGAGCGGGAGGUGCAAAAGCCAUGAUUGCCGAUGGUCUCUACACCAAACACGGUUGUCCACUUCCAGACGUCGUCCUCGGCCAACACGUGAUGCCCUUUCCUGCUGGCACUGUUGGCACCAAAGUAGGAAGCUUCGCAUCAGCAGCCGACUCUUUCCGAGUCACAGUCUAUGGUAGAGGCGGUCAUGCUUCGCAACCUCAUCGCACGAUCGAUCCUGUUAUCAUAGCUGCGCAUAUCGUGGUGAGAUUACAGACUGUUGUGAGUAGAGAGGUGGAUCCUAGGGAGGCGGCUGUGGUGACAGUAGGAAGUGUGCAGGCGGGACAGACUGAGAAUAUCAUUGCCAGCGAAGCGUUGCUGAAAAUCAAUGUCAGGACGGUGACGCCAGAAACGAGAGAAAGAGUCUUGGCAGCAAUAAAGAGGAUCGUCAAGGCUGAGUGUGAAGCAAGCGGGAGUCCGAAGGAGCCAUUAUGGGAAUCUACCUCACAGUUCCCUUUCACGGUCAACGACAAAGAUACCACAGAGCAUGUUUCAAAAACUUUUGAGAAGUACUUCGGAGAUAAGUUUGACCCAGAAGCUCAUCCAUUGGGUGGCAGUGAGGAUUUUCCGAUCUUGGCGACGGAAGUCCCACAUAAGGACGGGAAGGGGAAGGGUGUUCCGUAUUGCUAUUGGACAUUUGGAGGUGUUGAUCCGGGGAAGUUUGAGGAUGCGAAGAAGAGGGGGAAAUUGCAAGAGGAAGUUCCAAUCAACCAUAGUGCAUAUUUUGCUCCUGUUAUACAGCCUACGAUGAAGACUGGCGUAGAGGCGCUUGUUGUUGGAGCUUUGAGUUUCUUAGGAAGGUGAUGAUUAGAUAUUAUGAGACCUUGAAAGGCAUGUAUACUAGUACUCCAUAAAUCACUGCGUU